UUACCCCAAGUCUAUAGCUAAAUGAAAAGGACAAGAAGCUCUCACAUGACCCGAACCACAUCAUUCAUGGGCCCCUUUACCCUUCUCUAAUAAGUGAUCUUCAUCUCUACCAUCGAGAAAAUCUCUCUCAAAGCCACUAUAUUUUCUUCACCCCUUAAAGUCGUAUAGAGAGAAAGAGAGAGAACCCAACUAAACUCGAAACCAUUGAUUUCAUUUUCAUUUAUAUUUUUCUUUUGGAGUCAACGAAAAGAUCAGAAGAAGAAGCAAACACAAAGAGAUUUUGUAUUGGGUCAUCAUCUUGUCAAGAAUCACUCAUCAGAUCCAUAAAAGUAAAGUUGAAAUACUUUUUGAAAGAUCUUGAAUUGGUCCAUUUUCUUGCCAAGAACCCAUAAGAAAAAGAAUAGUUGGAUACUUUUGAAAGAUCUUGAAAUUGGUUUCGAUGAAUAUCUCAACAACUAAUCCUGACCAAGAACUCACCGAGAUCGGAGCUAGCGGUUCCGGUACCAACAAUUACUUCUUCAACUCGGAGAUGAGAGAGCACAUGUUCGACAAAGUGCUGACUCCUAGUGACGUCGGUAAACUAAACCGGCUCGUGAUUCCAAAGCAACAUGCAGAGAACUACUUCCCUCUAGAAGACAAUCAAAACGGCAUAGUUUUGGAUUUCCAAGACAGACUCGGCAAGUUGUGGAGGUUUCGUUACUCGUACUGGAACAGUAGCCAAAGCUACGUGAUGACCAAAGGCUGGAGCCGUUUCGUGAAAGAGAAGAAACUCACCUCCGGAGACACCGUCUCUUUCCACCGUGGCUAUAUCCCCGACGAAAACGCACCGGAGAGACGUCUGAGAAUAGUGCUCAUCGAUUGGAGCCAUAAAGCUGACCGUAACCAGCAUAGCCUCGGGUCAUAUCCAACGGUUACUUUCUAUCCGGCGCCAGAAUAUUCCAUGCCAAGCCACCGGAGUUUUCCACCGUUUCAUCAUAACCAAUAUCAAGAAAGGGAGUCUCCAAGGUAUGGCUAUGGUAGAAUUGUUUACGGAGGGAGUUACUACGAAGGGUCACCGUUGGUUUAUGCCUCAGUUCCUGUUUUUCCUCCUGCGAUGAGGGUUCCACCACCGGCGCCUCCUCAGCCGUCGACGACAAGGAAGCUGAGGCUGUUUGGGGUUGACGUGGAAGAGUCUUCUUCUUCAGGGGAGACACGUGGCGAGAUGGGAGUCGCAGGUCACUCUUCUUCGUCUCCGGUCGUGAUCAGAGACGAUGAUGAAUCAUCUUUGAGGUCGCCACGUGGCGAAAUGGGUGCAGGGACUUCUUCGGCGAUGCAGCUAUGUGAUGAUGAAGACUAUAAGAGGAAAGGGAAAUCUUUAGAGCUCUAAAGAUAGAAUAAUAUCAAAAAAAUAUUUAAUUAUUUCACCAUUUUUCUUUAAUUUUAUCCUCUUGUUUCCUUAUUUUAAGUUCGUUCAAACUUUCAAAUCAUUAGGUCAUUUGGGCAAUUGGGGAAUAUCAGAAUAUGUAGUGGGAAAUUAACCCGG